AAACAAAUGGAAGGUGUUGGUGGUGGUAACAUGGAAAUGGCUGGUGCUGCUGGUGGAACCACUGGGAAUUCAAGGUGGAACCCAACGAAGGAGCAAAUAAGCAUGCUCGAAACCUUGUAUAAGCAAGGGAUAAGGACGCCGAGUGCAGAACAGAUAGAGCAUAUAACGGCCAGGCUCAAAGGUUACGGCAUCAUCGAAGGCAAAAAUGUGUUCUAUUGGUUCCAAAACCACAAGGCACGCCAAAGGCAGAAACAAAAGCAAGAGAAUUUGGCUUAUAUCAAUCGCUAUCUUCAUAGAACACAACCUGUUUAUCCUCCUCCUCCCCCUUGUCCCAAUGUAGUUUGUGGUCCAUAUUUUGUACCACAAGGUGAUCAUCAUCUAGGAUUUUACCCUCAGUGCCCGAAGGUUCUUGUCCCCGGUGGAUCAAUGAAGAGGAGAGGAAGACCUGCUGGCGGGAAAAUGGUGAAGCCGAUAUUUUACGGUGGACAUGCAUAUGAUCAUAUGGUUCACCAUGAUUACAACGCCACGAUAAUACGAGAUACUGAAAACUCUGGUGGAGCACUCAGCAAAGGCGGCGGCUGCAGCAACGAAGAUGGUACUAAUCAUCACGAGACGUUGCCAUUGUUUCCAUUGCACCCCACCGGUGUCUGUGAAGGGAAUUCAACGCCAUUAAUGGCGUCUCCAGGUGGUGAUUUGAGCUCUUGUGAGGCUGCUGCUGCUGGUGUUGACCGAGAAAGCAGUACGGGAUGCUCCGGUGAACAACGUUUCUUUGAUUUCUUCUCUUGCCAAGCUUCUUCCGAAAGUGAUUAA